CAAGUGAUUAGACAAGUGGAUUUUUCUAGCAUUUGUUUUUAUAACAAUUUAGGCAUUCUAGCAACUUAUUCCACAUAGGCAUACAUCAUGAAACGUAUCUACACUGUGGGACAAAGUGAGGACCAGCCAAACAGUUGCAAAUACAGUAUCAGUCUUCUGCUCCUGCUGGAAAAAAAGCAUUUUAUAAUGCACUUGUGUACUGGAAACGCAGCUAAAGAUCUCAUUGUUAACUCUAAAGAAAAGUUGUUCCUGACUGCCUUCCCUGUUGUGCAGACUGCUCCCCAAGAGCAUUGCUGGAGAAAGCUGACUGCAAGCUUCAGGUCAAAGAAAUUCCAUGGGACUGUACCAGAUCCUCUGAGGUCUGCCAAAGUUUCAUUGAUUUCAGCUUCUGAGGAGGAAGAUCACCUGGGAGAUUUGCAGUCCACCAAGCACCAGCACAAACAACCAAGUGUAGAGAGGAGCAGUAAUGGCAUUUCUCAUACAAUGUCUGAAUCUGUUGGCGUGUGCUUGUUUGACCUGAAAGAUAUGACAGCUGCCAAUGUUCAGAGGCAAGAACAAUUCUGUGAGAAUGUUGCCAGCCAGCAGGACAUCCGUUUUUCUGGGUCCCUCAGCCAAAAUCAAGAAGUAUAUCCUGUGUGCACAAAGACAGCUAGUACCUCUGAGCAAAAAGACAACAGCACCCCCAUCAGGCACAUGCAAAUUGUAACAAAAGAAUAUACAGUGGGACAUGUACCAGAUACAAUGCCAGCUACCCAGAAUUCUAAGCUUAUGCACAGUGACCAGCCAAAGACAAGUUCACUGACACAAGUUGAUGAUUCUGCAGUGAAAACCUGUGGGUCAGAGGAUCAGUCAGACCAGUGGGUCAGAGGAUCAGUUGGUGAAUUAAAUUCUUCUUCCCCAAGCAACACUAUCAAGAAUAGUCACUCCUGUCAUCAUAGCUCUCCAACAAAUAUCCUGCAAAGAGUACCCAUGGAAAAGGAGAAGGGACUGGAAGUAAUUGACUCUGGUUUCCCUCAGGAAACUGCUCUGGUAAAGGACUUUGCAACUGGUCUGAGCAAAGGGCCUCAGGCUUCUUUGGAGGCAGAAAAGAGGGCUGCAACGGAUGUGAAAUCAUGUGCCACAGGUAAUACUGCCCUAGACCAGAGUGAUGAGACAUCAUCCCAAUUCAGACUUGCGGCCAUGGAGCCAGCGUGUAAUGCAGACACUGAGAAAACAAGGGUACACAAGCAGCAGCUCUCCAGGUUCAGAGAUAUAGGUACAAUGACAGUCCAACCUGAGAGCAGUUCUUUAGCUGAGGAAGCAAGUAAGAGGAUGUGGCGAGAUGCUGAGGUUCAGGCUGUGGCUAGUGUAGAGAGUAAAUCAGCUUCCACCAGUCCCAGUAUCCUUGCUGCAUUCUUAAUGGGAAAUCUUCCUGCAGAGGAAAAGGAGAAUUUGCACUUCAUUUAUCAGGGUUGUGGGGAGCUGACCCACUCAGAGGAUGUUGAAAGCUUUUCAUCACUGAAAAUGUCCCCCUGUUGUCCUGGUGUCAUGCCAGAACUGCAUGUUCCACCAGCUGCAGUGGAGACAGUAAAAGCUCAGACUGUCAAACUUCAAAAGCACCCAGGAGACCCAUCUGACACCAUCUGUCCAGCAUUACCAGAUAACACAAAAGCCUAUCCAUGUGCACAAGCAGCCAGUAAUACCCAUAGAACACCUGUUGAUAGGCCAGGACAACAAGGAGUCUGUCCAGUCAGAGACAGCUGUGAUAUUCCUCAGUUGCUCUCAGAUGCUCCAGUAUCACAGAAAGCAAAACCUGUUUACCAGAUUGCAAUUAACACCAAUAAUCAACCUGCAGUACAUCAGCAGUCUAGAGAUAGGGAGCCCAUCCCAUUUCCCUCUGCAAUUGCUCCGAAAGUCAACAGAAACUUUCAGCACAUUGUCAGUGAUGCAGGAAAUAAGCAGUCACCUAUAUCUUGUAGAACACACAGGGAAAGUGGGCAGGGAGAGACCUGGGGCACCAAGGCUGGCGGUUGUCCUGACAGAAAAUCUUUGCAAGGUAAGAGUGGUGAUGAAUUGAAGACCAGCCCAUUUAAAAUGGAUAUGAAACCAAAAGAAGAAAAGUUAAUGCUUCUUGAUCCUAAAGGAGAGAUGCACAUCAGUGCUGCAGCUGCCUGUGGCCACAUCAGAGUAUAUACACCAGUCACCGUUAAAAAAGAACAGGAUAAAGUCCAGGGAGAAAUUACUCGGGCAAAGAAAGUCAGUAGUCUGAGUCUGCAAAUUGGACUGACAUCUGACUUGAGUGGAUAUUCUGCUCACUGCACUUCUGGGCUGGGGGCACAUGCAGCUCCACAGCAACAAAUCAGCCCAGCAAAUGACACCAGAAAUGAACCCAAGCUAAAUGCAACGCCUGACCUGGCCUCAGCUCAGCCUUUGCUAAAACUUGGAGAAAAGAAGAAACAGUCCACUCCAUCCAUGGAACCCAAAGUACGUGUGAAGCAAUCUAAACACAUCAGGGAUGUUGUAUGGGAUGAACAAGGCAUGACGUGGGAGGUUUAUGGGGCAUCCCUUGACCCAGAGUCACUGGGUAUAGCGAUCCAAAAUCACUUACAAAGACAAAUACGAGAACAUGAGAAACUGAUCCGGGCUCAGAACACUCAGAACCGGAAAUCCAUUUCCUCAGAUACAUCUUCAAAUAAAAAACUGAAAGGAAGGCAGCAUAACAUGUUCCAGGCCAUGCUGCAGAAUUUCAGACACCCCAAUUGCUGUGUCCAUCCUGCUCCUUCUUCUGUACUAGAUUGAAAUGGUGUGCUUCGGGCCGUGUGAGUCCAAAGAUGUGUACACCUCCCGGAAGUGGAAAAUAAACCUUGCUGUUUGGUUCUGUUUGGGUUCAUGAUGCAGUGACUUGGAAAUGACCAUCUGUUGUUUUCCAGUUGGUUGCUACAUCAUACCUAUAUUAUUUCCACAGCUGGUGUAUUGCCCCCUCUUACUAUUUUCAUAGUGUACUCUCACCUAGUCUACUGUAAAGAGUUAGGCACUUAGCAAAAGCACAAUUUUCAAUUGCCAGCUUAGUGCAGUGAGAGUAGUGUCUCCUGAUUAGAGGUGAAACUGAGAGAUUAGCAAAAAUGUAUUUUUAAAAAGUGAUUUUUGAUGUAUUGCAAAGUUUUACAUGGUCUUGGAGGGGAUUUUUUUGGAGGAUGCGGAUAGUGCUUAAACUGCUGGAAAACUGUCAACAGAGAGAUUCUCUAACACCACCAGAAAGCAGAUAUUUUUAAAAUCCAAUUACCUGUCUUGUGUGAAGUGCACGAAAGGAAUAAGAGGGUUUACCAUUCUCUAUUAAUACCAUUUACAAGUGGAAUUUUCAAAGGAAUCUAAAGGAGUUAGGUGCUUUGCUCCCAUUGAAACAUCACACAAGUUGGUUUCCUAGUUCUGUUAGGCUACCUUGACAAUCCCAGCAUCUUCUAAUAGGUGAUAUUCCUGAUGUUAAGUCAUGAAGGUUAGUACUAGGGUAUAAACAGACGUCUUCUGUGGAGUAGUAUCAGCUGUGCCAGGAUGUGUCCCAACACAACUGAUCCACUACAGACAUUGCAGAGCACUUGUGCCACAGGGUUGAGUCCCUGCCACUCCCGGUGCUUCAGGUACCUGAUCCUGUGCAAAAAUGGCCCUAGGGGCAAUGCCCCAACUGAGAGCAUACCGGUGUAAGCAAGGGAACCCUAAGUUUUUCCACUAGCACAGGUGUGCCCUAGGAAUCCCCAGUCAGGGGAUUCCCCAGGAACAUUCAUCUCAUUGCCAUGCUCUUGACUCCCGCCUCCCAGCACUAUUUGUGGUUGUGCUCACAAAUUUGGGCAUUUGGGACAUGACAAUGGACUAUAAACAUCCAUGCUUAGUUUUUUUGCCACCACAAAAAUGUCUAUAGUGGCACAUAGGUCAUAUUUUUUGCAGCAGCAGUAACAGUUUUUUUGUUUUCAAUAGAGAAUAGUAAUUUUCUUUCUACAUAAAAAGGGGGGAAAUCAACACACAGUUUUUAAUAUGCCAAAGUAAAAGAGCCAUAUUCAAGACAUUCUGUAUGUUUUACAAUGCUGUUUAGAAAAAGAAUGGGUUCAAAAAAUAAGCUUCCAAAGCAGAAGUGUGAUGGCCAAGUCAAAUGCAGUGUGCGCUUUCAAAUCAUCACAGCUUCCAGAGAAACCUGCUACUCCCUAUUCCAUACUCUAUGGCUAAUUGCAGCAGAAAGUAAACCAACUUUUUUAUGAAGGUACAUCUUUGUUCCAAACUGGGGAGGGCUACCUUGUUUAGACUUUGAAAAUGGGGGAAACUUACUUGAUCACAAAUUAUCCUUUGGUCUUACAACUCAGAAGUUCAAAAUGAGAAGAGCCAGAAGGAUUAAGACCCUAGUCACAAACUUGCAGUUUCUUAAGUAUUGCCCAUGUCCCAUAGGAGCAGUUCCAUUGCAGGGCUUGCAGGAUUAGAGCUUUAGCUGUGAAACUGCAGAUACUAAGCAAUGUAAGCCCAUUAAAUAGAUGUUCUUGCAGUUAUGUUUCACUCAUGGAAACACUUUUGAAAAGUGAAUCCCAGGUGCUUUUAAAUAAUACAUUUCACAUUUAUGCAUACAAAUACUGAGAACGGAUACAUUUUAUAAAUUGUAUGACCCUGCUUAUCCCAGCAGGGUGUUGCAUAUAAACAUAACUAAACAGAAGAAAUUAAAUCAACCAGCCAUAGAUUGCAUUACACUUAUGGCAGGUGAAACCAUAGACAUUUAUACAUUACUUUCAGUGACUGUGAUGAGAGAUUAUAUUUAAAAUCUUUACCCAACAAUAAACUUUACAACUGCCCACCUUUUCUAGAGAUGACUCCAGCAAGGUCUAUGGUGACCUACAGACAAAGAAGUUAAAAUUAGUCUAAAAUUCCCUAUUCGGAUUUAUGUUACCUUGCCCUAGAGAGCCAUCUGCUUCCUUCUCUUGAUUUAUUAGUGUUACACAUUCAGAAAGCAGAGCCCUACUAGCCGAAGGAGCUCCAAGUACGUGACCUUGAAUACAUGCAGCAAACUUUUAGCAUUCAACUUGGAGAAUAAAGAUAUAAUAGCUACUUCUUGAAGAAAUUCAAAUAAUUGAGAGCGAAAUACUGAUCUGCUUUCAGAUAUUCCACAGGUACAGUGCCAGUCUACAUCAGUAGACUCAUCCAAGUCGCUGAAUUCACUAGAGUUAAACCAGUUUUACCUGCUACGGUUCCGGCCCCACGUUCCUUUGUCAGGUAUAUCUAAUUCAACAGAUACAUACCCAAAGUUACAGGACAUGAAACACUAUUGGAACUCAGUGGUAAUGUCUCCUGUCAUCUGCUGCUCUGGUUAGGGUACAGCAGGUGUUUCUAUGAGCUUUUAACUGCACCCAGACCUGCAGUCCUGUUCAAGCAAUAUGCAAUAUGCCUGUUAGUUUUAUGUAUGCGUGAUUUCUGCCACUGCUGUAUGACUUCAUGCUCUCCUAUUGAAAUCAAUGGCAAAACCAGUACAGAAUCAGGCCCUUAGGGUGCUGAAUACCAAAACUCAAAGAUAAGUUAUUUUCUACAAUAGCAUUCCAAAAAUAAAAUACAAUCCAAUACAACAUAAGGUGACAACUCUGCUAUCACAUGAUAACGUAAUGUAUUUCAUGGCAUACGUGUAUUUAGACUGUUUAUGUAAUGUAAUGUAACAUGACAAUAUAGGCUGCCAUAUAUUUAUUAUAUCACAAUGUGUAUUGAAAUAUGGUGGCCCAAUAAACUAGAAAUUCAGCUGAAGUAAAUGGAAUUAUGUGGGUUUACCCCAGCUGAAGAUCUGACCUUCUAUAUGUAAAUAUCACAGCGUGAUAAUCUUGUUAAUUGUGUGAGUUCCUGAUAACCACAUCACUCUGGAAAAAUUUGGUGCAGCAGAGUUUCAUUCAAUUGUAUGUAAAAAAUGUUUUUUCCCUCUUGAUAAUGGCUUUUAUUGGGGAAACCCUGGCAACAAAUUGUGAUGAUGGAAUUCAGUUGGUUUUAUGGUGAUAUGUUGGGUGUUCUUGCUGACUCUUAGUUUUCUUAGUAUUUUUACAUUACCCUAAUGCACUGAUGAGCAAAGGAGUUCCUUUCUUGGUCUAAGCUGUGGACUUUUGUCCUGCUUUUUUAAACCUGAAAAUAACAGCCAAGUUAAAACCCUUCAUUCUGGUGCAUUAAAACUAUAGAGCAGAGCAAUUACCUUGUGUUAUUAUUAUUGUUUUUAUAUUAUACUGUUUUGUAGAAACCAUGUCCUAACUUUGAUUUUGGAAUUUAUUGCCCUAAACACCCAGUGCAAAACUCCAUUAGGCCAAUAAAAAGAUCCCUGUUGACUUCAGUUGACUUUGGAUCUGGCCCUGAAUGGUGGGAAUAAUGCAGACAGUAUUAUACCAUCUUGUGAGAGAGUACCUUUUGUGUUAUGUGCUUUAGGUGAUAUCUCCUACAAAUAAGACAUUUCUAACUCUGGAAAGGGGAUGUUAUUGGUUUCCAAGUGUAGAUUUCAUUAUUUAGCAUGUGCUUCUGUGAGUGUUCUUAGCAAUUUCCAGAAUCCUUGAUUUCUACCCCACUUUUAAUUUACAAACUGGAGUAACACAGGAAGGCUCAGUACUUCUAACAAACCUCUAAUGACACAAACCUCAAGACAGCCUUUUACUGAAAUGUAGUUUGUUUCAGUUAUGUGUGCUUAUAAUUUGUGAACCAUACACAGAGGCAAUACAGGUUGCAUCUACAUGUGAUAUUUACUGCGGAGUAGACUAAUUAGCUCUUUAGUAAACGUCUUGGCAUCUAUACAUGCAGAGCUAUUAGGCUAGAGUAAACUAACAAGCUCUGCAGCUGCAG